AUGACUCAUUCACCCUGCAAAUCAAGCAGCAGCCAACAAGAAGCCUUGGAGAUAUCAGCCGGAACCGCCAUUUUAUCCCGUAUUCCGGAAUUUUGGAGGGACCAACCCAGAUUAUGGUUUAAGCAACUAGAAGCCAUAGUAGCACCACAGAAGCAAGGAGACGAUUACAAGUACUAUACGGUCAUUGCAAAACUGCCAAAAGAAGAAAUAAUACAGGUUAGUGACCUCAUUACUUGCCCACCGCCAAUAGAAAAGUACAAGGCUAUCAAAGAACGCCUAAUCAGUUGCUAUGAGGAAUCAGACCAACGUCAGCUCCAAAAAUUAUUGUCUGAAAUGGAUCUCGGCGACCAGAAACCAUCACAUCUUCUGCGCAAGAUGCGGACCCUGAGUAACGGAAAUAUCAGCGACGAAACCAUCAAACUUCUAUGGUUGAGGCUUCUGCCACCAUCAGUGACUUCGGUUCUAGCAGUCACAGAAGACAUAGAUGUGAACAAGAUGAGCCAGAUCGCGGACAAGAUAUUAAUAAAUUCAACACGUACAGAGGUGUCAGCUGUAAACGGAAACAAAUCUGGCGACGAUACAAUGUCAUGCAUACUAGCACAGUUAGCAGAAAUGCAAUUGGAACUAAAUGCAAUUCAGCAAGUAUGCUACCCAUACCCGAAGGAGUGGGGUGAUGAUUACCCUCGAGGGAUCGUGCUCAUGCGGUUCUUGGUAUACUACUCCUUACCGCUGGCCGUCAUAGCUCUGUUCUACAUCCUGAUGGCAAGGCACUUGGUCCUGAGCACACAGAACGUUCCUGGAGAAAUGCAAGGAACUCAGAGACAGAUGCGAGCACGAAGAAAGGUUGCAGUCACGGUGUUAGCAUUCGUCCUAGUAUUUGCUGCAUGUUUCUUGCCUUCACACGUGUUCAUGAUGUGGUUCUAUUACUGCCCUUCGGCGCAAGAAGAUUACAAUGGCUGGUGGCAUGCCCUGAGGAUUAUUGGAUUCUGUCUAUCCUUCCUCAACAGCUGCGUAAACCCUAUAGCCUUGUACUGCACCAGCGGGAUCUUCAGAAAACACUUUAACAGAUACCUCCUGUGCCGAAGCAGUUCGACACACGGUCCAAGAGGUUCCUUGUCUCUUUCAACAUCAAGAAGACUGCAUUCGAGCAGAAAGACCAACAUCAGCAUGGUGCCAAGAACGACUAGCGUUGGCCGCGAGAGCAGCAUCAGGCUCCUGAACAAUGGGUCCUCAAAACUCUGA